AUGCGUCUCACCUCCAUCCUCGUCGCCGCUCUGGGCUCCCUCGCCGCCGCCGCCGAUCUCGGCAUCGAAGUCACCAACGCUGUCGAAUGCACCCGCAAGACAGUCAAGGGCGACGGAGUCUCCAUGCACUACCGCGGCACCCUGCAGUCCGACGGAUCCGAGUUCGACAACAGCUACAAGCGCAAAGCGCCGUUGAACUUCAAGCUGGGUACCGGCCGUGUCAUCAAGGGAUGGGACCAGGGUCUGCUGGAUAUGUGCAUUGGCGAGAAGCGCACGCUGACUAUCCCUCCUGAGUUCGGUUACGGUGAUCGUGGUGUUGGCCCUAUCCCCGGCGGUGCGACGUUGGUGUUUGAGACUGAGUUGGUUGCUAUUGACGGUGUCAAGGAUGAGCUUUGA